AUGAAUGGCAAAGAGCCUCUAGAGGCACCUCCUCCUUAUACCGCCCUUCCAACUAAUCCUGACACUCAAGAUGAGUUGCAGUUAAACUCCCUAACUUCACAUCUUCAACAUCAUAUCACCUCCCUUCCAGAUCGCAUCCGGGCAACGCAACAAGCACGAAAAGUCGAACAGUCAUUUAGUGAUGCAUCUCUGCUAGACCAUAUUGUUCCCGUCCUCGAGGAGUUCCUGGUCGACUUAGGGGCCCGACAUACUCCCGUUCCGCUGGCGACCCUUACUUUAGUCCCGAGUGUCACAGUUCCUAAGAAUGCCAUUCUUAGCGGUUUAGAAGACAUGAAGCGACGUGGGGAGAUUUGCCGCGUAUCAAGAAUUUCUAUAGAAAGACCCGGUAAGGACUCUAAGUCUGGCUCUGGUACCCUUAGUUCCCCAGAGAUAAGCGAAAACCCGAGCUGGGCCACGGGACAAGAAUUUAGUGAUUGGGGACGGUUUGAUGAGCCUAGCUCUUCGUUAGAUGGUACUGCCGAAAAGAUUAAAUCACUCUGGUGGCAUGAUGAAGAGAUGGCACGCCGUCUCGCCAACUACCUACAGCCCAGAAAGGAGAAAAGGUCAGAAGUGAAGCUUAACUCGGUAGUCCAAACUGUGGUUGAGCAAAGGCUACCACCGAAAAAGGAGAAGAAAAGCUGGUUCUGGGGGAAACGCAUAAGUGAAGAGAAAUCGCCGGAGUCAACAGUACCAAACCUCUCACGAAUCGAUGCUGUGAAGGAUAACAUACAGGAAGAGCAAGAGAAACAAGGGGCUGAUAUGACAGUUAUGGCUCAGGAGGUUGCAUUCCGCCAGGAGAAUGAUCUCGGAAUAUGGGAAAGCGUCCGUGGAUGGGGUAUCGUCGUUACAGUUAAAUACAUCGACGUGACAGCGCAAUGUGUCCGUGCGGCGCCGCUUGUCGAUGCAACCCUUGCCGUUGCGGCAGCGGCCGCUCCCAUAAUGGCGGACGUACACAUGGCCAUAGGCACUCCCAUAACCAUGGGCACUCUCACAACCAUGGACACUCGCAUGGCCAUGGGCACUCUCAUGAUCACAACUCCCCGAGUUUCCAGGGCCAGGGUUACGUUCUCGGCCAUGUCCACGAUGGCCAUCGUACCGGGCGCGGCCUUGGCCACGCCCCUCAAGAAGACAUUUCUUCACAGCUAG